AUGCGUACUACGUAUGGAAGAGAGCUGAAAAAGGUGAAUGCUUCCAAGCAAACAGGAUCAGGGUCUAAUGACAUCUAUGUACCAUCGGUUUGGUAUUAUCGUCUCUUCGAAUUCCUAGAGGGGACGACGGAGCCAUGCCGACCUGGUACGGAUACUUUGGAUGAGGCAUCUGAAACAGAAAGUAAAGUGAAAGUUUUAUUACAGAUCCAAUGGUCACCAGAGAUGUCAGCAUCAACAUCAUCGGAACAAAUUAUAAAUACAGAAAUAUGUGAAAAAGAGGUGCCCAAGGUCUCCACAAAAAUUUCACAGUCCAAGAAGCAGAAAAUGUCUAUACAAAGUAGACAAGAAAAACUGCUGGAUUCUGCUCAGAUACUAAUGACUCGACAAGAUGACGACUGGGACAUUAUAGGAAAGUCAAUAGGCGUUCAAUUGAAAAAUCUGAGUACCCAUCAACAAUCAAUUGCCCAAAAAAUUAUCAAUGAUGCCCUAUUUUAUGGAAAACUUGGCAAAUUGACAGACGAAUCUAUUAUCACUUUAUCUCCACAACACACAGCAUCAAAUCCUUCUCGCAUUUCACAUCGCUCCUAUCAUUUUUCCUCUGGCUCUUCGGUGACAAAUUCAUCGCCCCAACCAUAUUAUCAACAAUAUCCAGUACAGCCGUCCCCUCAAUCAUCUACACAAUAUAUGAUACCACAGUCCCCUCAAGCAUCUCUACAACAUACGGUGCAACUUUCUCCUGAACCAUCCCAACAAUAUAUGACAAUACAAUCUCCUCAACCAUCUUCACAGCUUACGCUACAACCUUCUUUUCAACCAUCCCAACAUUAUAUGAUACCACAAUCCCCUCAAAUAUCUUCACAGCUUACGGUACAACCUUCUCCUCAACCAUCCCAAGAUUAUAUGAUACCACAAUCCCCUCAAACAUCUCCGCAGCCGUAUUCUUCAUCGUCGAACACUGAACCUUUUAACACUGAAUUUCCAAACUGUAGUGAUACAACAAUUAAAAUAGGAACUGGCGCAGAUAUGAAGGAUUUUUUGAUCUUCAAAAAAAAAGAACACAAGUAA